AUGAAAAAUUCAGGAAAUUCUCUUGUGAGAAAAAUUCUCACAAAAACAGCUAUACUAUUUUCAAUUCCAUUAAUAUUUAUGUAUAUUGUUUUUCCAUUACUGUUUAUAUUUUUUCCCUAUUUUAUGCAACACAUAUUUUUUCUUAAUUUUUUAAGAAAUCCAUUUCAACAAUAUAAUGAUUUAUCAUAUCAUGAAAGUAAACUAGGCAUUUGGCAUAUUUUGCCUCAAUCAUUAUCUACUAAAUAUAAGGGGCAGAAUUUAACAUUAAAUGAAUUUGAAAAUCUUUUAAAACUAAAAGAUUACAAGGUAUUUUUGUAUUUGCAUGGUAAUACUUUCGAUAGAACUACUCCUCACAGAUGUGCUUUAUACAAUGUUCUUUCAUCUGCUGAUUUCCAUGUAAUAACUUUUGACUACAGGGGUUAUGGAGAUUCAACAGGUAGGCCUACAGAUGAAGGAUUAGCUAGUGAUGCUGUAACUGUUUAUAAACAUCUUUUAAAAUUUGCUGAUGGGAGAAUAUAUGUUUGGGGUCAUUCUAUGGGUACAGGAGUUGCAUGUAACUCAAUGAGAAAAAUGAGUGAAGCGGGUAUGCCACCUAAAGGCAUUAUUUUAGAAGCUCCAUUUAAUAAUUUAAGAGAUGUUAUGCUUAAUCAUCCAUUAAGUAAACCUUUUAAAUGGAUACCGUUUCAGGAACAAUUAUUUAUUGGUAAUUUAAAAAAAAGUGGUUUAGUUAUGGAUUCUGAUAAAAAUAUUAAAAAAAUUGAUGCACCUAUUUUAAUAUUACAUGCAGAAGAUGAUCAUGUUAUACCAUGGCAAUUAGGUGAAAAAUUACACCAAUCUGCUAUAAAUGCUGGUAGACAAUCUCAAUAUAUUAAAUUUGAAUCGAAACAUCAAUUUAAGCAUAAAUUUCUCCAUAGAGCUGAAGAGAUUCCUGAAUUAGUAAAAAAAUUUGUCCAAAAUUAA